UGGUAUGAACGCAAAGUAAAUGGGAGAGCCCAAACCUAUUCUUCAUUUCUCUCCGUUUUCGCUUCUUCCGCAACUCAGAACCAAACCCUGAACGGAUUAGACUCCAUUUUUGAGGGUUUUUGAAGAUGGGUCUCUCAAAUUUCCCCCCUUCAGCCGAAGGAGUGUUGCUGUUACCAGUUCUAGUGAUGAACACAGUCAUGUCGAUGGCUUUCUUGAAGAACUUGGUGAGAUCUGUGCUACAAAUGAUGAGCGCCAACCCCUCGAGUUCUGUGGAUGAAUAUGAACAGGAGAGUGGAAGAGGAAGAAGAAUCUCCAUUACCCAUUUCAAAUCCUUACGCCAAAGCUUCAAUGGCGGAACAGAGACUGAAAAUUGCUCUGUUUCGAGGUGUUCUGUGGCAGAGUGCUCUGUUUGUCUUUGUGGAUUUGAAGCUGAUGAGGAAGUUAGUGAGUUGUCUUGUAAGCAUUUUUUUCAUAAAUCUUGUCUUUCUAAAUGGUUUGAUAAUCAGCAUGUUACUUGCCCUCUCUGUCGCUCCAUUCAAUAGAACGCAACUUUUUUAAGGAAAUUUUUGUGUUCUGUUCU